AUGGUCAAUGGAGCCAUCGAUGAAGAGAAUGGCAAUGAAGAUGACGCGCUGCGUAUGCUUCUUGGGUUCUCGCAAGAGUACCUGCCGAGCGCCUUCACUUCUUUGUUCCUUCGCAAGGACUGGGAGCCGCUCGUGGUCUCCAGGCCAACCUUCGACGCUUGUGGGCUGGUGCCGCCUGCCCUCCCCGGAGCCCCGGCGGCGCCGAAGCCGGUGGAGCUAUCUUCUGACGAGUCCCGCGGGGGAAAAGAAGAGGAGGGGGACUCGGGGGCGACCCUCGAAGAGAUGGGGGAAAACUCCUCCUUGAGUAAAGCCGAAAUCCUUCGCGCCCUUCCUGACGACGCCGAGGUCGAUGCCCGCCAGGAGGAGGGAGAACUGCCUGUCAUUCCGACAAGGAGCAGGUCAUCGUUGGUUCCUCGAGAUGCUGCCCCCGUCUUGACGCCUCCCGGGGCCGGCUCUGGCCCUUCUGCUGCGCCGCCUUCAGCCGCCGGAGCCCGCGCGCCCGCUUCUCACGCCCCGACGCUUUCAGGCUUCAAGCUUCUCAAGCGGAGGGUGGAAUACACCGCGGUGGACCAGCCGCUGUCUGCGGUGAAGAAGAGGAAAGAGGGUACGGCGGCUGCGCCCCCUUCUGCUGAGAAAAGAGACGCGAGCGCUCGCACCUCCCCAGCCCGGUCGUCUUUGCGAGGGCAAGAGGAGCAUCGCCGGGAGGAGUCAGCCCCGCUGGCCCUGGAGGUGCCGGCGUCUGGCCCGGCUGAAGAGGUCCGGACUGCUCCGGAACCCGCAGUCUCCCAGGCCCUGGUGACGGUGUUGUCUCCUCCUACUGCCGCACCUCCACUCCUAGUUCACGCAACGCUGAGCCAAGCCGCGGCGUCUUCCGAGAAGGAGAAGCAGAGCGCUGCCAAUGCUGCAGCCGAUCGCAAGGCGGCACUGAAGGACGCCAAGGCCGCCCGCGACUGCUCCCGAGAGCUAGAAGACGAGCUGAAGAGCCUGCGUGACAAGCACGCCGAAGAAGCACGCAGCCGCCAGGUGAAGGAGGAGGAGAUGAAGGCCCGUGAGGACACCGUCAAGAACCGUCACGCUGAGCUGGGGGAGUUGGGGAAAACGCAGGCCACCGAGCGCAGCCGGCUUGGAAGAGCUGGAUCGUAA